AUGAGAAAAAAUUAUAGUGUUCUAGAUGAUAAUGAAAAAUUAAAUGAUUAUGAUGAUAAUGUAAGUUAUAGAGAAUAUAAAAAAAAUAUUAGAAAUUUACAAAUAAACUUUGAAAAAAUUUUAAGUGAAUUGAAAGAAAGUAUCAAUUUAUAUGAAAUCAAUACAAAAAAAAGAAAUGAAAAUGAUAUAUAUGAAUUUAUAUCUAAUAAUAAAAAAAAAAUAGAAGAAUUAGAAAAUUUACAUAAAAAUGGUAUACAAAAUUUAGAUAUAAUGAGAAAUUACUUCAGUAAAAAUAGUACAUAUUCCUUAGAAAUUGCUAGAUAUUUAAGUAUAUUUGACAAAUUUAAAAUUCAAUUACAAAGUAUAAAAAAUACAUUUGAUAAAAUACAUUUAAAUUGUAAUAUAUAUAUAAAAAAAGAAAGUAAUAAAUUUGUUAAUAAUAAUGAAAUUAAUCAAGUAUUUAAAGAAAGAAGUGCAUUAGAAUUUUCUUUGAAUGAGUUAGACAAUAUGAUAUCUAUUGGAGAACAUACGAAGAAUAAGUUAAAAAGUCAAAAUUAUAAUAUUAUACAACAUAUAAAAAAAAUUAAUCAAUUAAAUUCAUAUUUACCUCAAAUACAAAAGAUUUUAAAAAAAAUUAAAUACUAUAACUUAAAAAGAAUAAUUAUUUUAUCAGUAACUAUAUCUCUUUGUAUAUUUUUUUUUUUUAUAUUUAAAUAA